AUGUGUGACAUGGGGGGCCUGGACAACCUGGUGGCCAACACGGCUUACCUGAAAGCACAGGCCGGCGAUGACAAGGAGAUGCGGCGGCGGCGGCGCAGCCUGGCACUCCCCAAGCCCGAGCAGUGCUCCGCCUUGCGCUUCUCCAUCGGCAACGACUUUGAGACGCUGUGCCAGCGGCAGCCCAUCGGCAAGAGGUUCUUCCGGCAGUUCCUGCGAGACGUCGCCGCGCCCGAAUACUUGGCCGCUGUCGAGUUCCUGGACGAGCUCGCCGACUGGGAGCUGGCCGAGGACGGAACCAAGGACAAGGCCCGGCAGAACAUCAUCAAUCGAUUCUGCAAGGCCGAGUCCAAGAGCUUCCUGGCCUUCCUGACAGGUGGCGUGGCAGAGAAGUGCAAGGCCGUCACAGAGAAGGACUUCGAGGAGGUGGUGAAGGGGCAGGUGAGGGACGCCACCAGGGACUUCUUGAGGGGGAAGCCCUUCACCGAGUACCAGAACAGCCCCUACUUUGACCAGUUCCUACAGUGGAAGCAGUACGAGAAGCUGCCAAUCAGUGAGAAGUACUUCUAUGAGUUCAGGACCCUAGGCAAAGGAGGCUUUGGAGAGGUGUGUGCCGUGCAGGUGAAGAACACAGGCCAGAUGUACGCCUGUAAGAAGCUGGACAAGCGGCGGCUGAAGCAGGAAGCCGGAGAGAAGAUGGCCUUGGUGGAGAAGCAGAUCCUGGAGAAGAUCAACAGCCCAUUCCUGGUCAACUUGGCUUACGCCUACGACACCCCCGACCACCUUUGCCUGGUCAUGACCCUCAUGACUGGCGGCGACCUCAAGUACCACAUCUACGACAUUGGCGAGCGUGGCAUCGAGAUGGGUCGGGUGGUGUAUUACACGGCACAGAUCGCCUCUGGCAUCCUGCACCUGCACACCAUGAACAUCGUCUACCGUGACAUGAAGCCAGAGAACGUGCUGCUGGACAGUCAAGGCCAGUGCCGGCUCUCAGACCUAGGAUUGGCGAUGGAACUGCCCAAUGGGAAGAUUCUCUGCCAAAAGGCUGGCACAACUGGCUAUAUGGCCCCAGAGAUCCUGAAGAUGGAGCCGUACCGCAUGUCCGUGGACUGGUGGGCGUUGGGCUGCAGCAUCUACGAGAUGGUGGCCGGCCGCCUGCCCUUCAGGGACUACAAGGAGAAGGUCCAGAGGGAGGAGGUGGCCAGACGCACCGUCGAAGACGAGUGCAAGUUCACACACAAGAACUUUGAUGCCCUCACCAAGAACAUCAUCAGCCUGUUCCUGAAGAAGAGAAUCAUUGAUCGGCUCGGAUGCAAAGGUGACGACCCCCGGAAACAUGAGUGGUUCAAGUCCAUCAACUUCGCCCGUCUGGAGGCGGGCCUCAUCGAGCCCCCCUGGACGCCCAAGCCCAACAUGGUCUACGCCAAAGACACGGGCGACAUCCGCGACUUCUCCGAGGUCAGGGGCACCGUGAAUUUCGAUGUCGUCGACCGGAAGUUCUACAAGGAGUUUAGCACGGGGGCGGUGUCCAUCCCUUGGCAACAAGAGAUGAUUGACAGCGGGCUCUUUGAAGAGCUGAAUGACCCCAGCAGGGUGGAGUCGUCCUCAGCACUGGUCACUGGGGAAGAGAAGAAGUCCAAAUCCUGCACACUGCUCUAAGUGUGGCCAGACAUCAACA